GUAGGUAGUCUUCAGUUGGUUAAAAUGGUGGGAAGCCAAAUAAGAGCUGGGACUUCAGUGAGUGGUCUUGUCUUCUCAGGGCGCGAGCACUACGGUAGCAUCCACUAGCGACUGACCGUGAGCGCAAUAAACGGCCUCCGUACGUUGGCCGCCUAUUACAGCUCAGAAUUGAUCCGAAUUAAUCAAUUUGUAUGUACAUUUAUGAAUAUGAAGACUGAGUUUCACACAUCUCUCUCUUUCUUGUGAGUUAAGUUUGCCCACGCUGGACCGGUUACAUUUUUGUGGUUUAGUAUCUCGCAUCCCGCGCUCUGGGCCCUUCGUAUCUCGUUUGACUCAGGCUGAUCUGGUCCGGCUCCGGUCGCCUCCCGACUCAUCCAAUAAAGAGUCUUCAAUAGCUCAGCUACCACUCCAUUCUAGUCGGACAACCAAAUUGAACCUGCAGUAAAGAUAAAAUGUCGUUGACGAGUGCAUCACCGGCAGAGGCCGCGAGUGAGGCCAAGAGCGCAUCACAUAUCCUAGCGACACUCCCCGCUGCAGCGAGAAAUGAAGCAUUGACGGCUAUCCACUCAGCGCUAUCGGAGGCCAAGGACGACAUCCUCGCCGCCAAUGCGCGGGACCUGGAGGCUGCGCGACGGGCUGCUGAAAAUGGUCAGUUGAGCCAGAGCUUGGUGUCCCGAUUAGAUCUGGGGAAGAAGGGCAAGUGGGAGGAUAUGCUGAAGGGAAUCCUGGAUGUGCGCGAGCUUGAAGACCCUGUCGGUAAAAUAACCCUGAGGACGAAGCUCGACGAUGGUCUGGAAAUGACACGGGUUACGUGUCCCAUUGGCGUAUUGCUUAUUAUUUUCGAAGCCCGUCCCGAGGUCAUUGCCAACAUCGCAUCUCUUGCCGUCAAGUCAGGUAAUGCAGCAAUCCUGAAAGGAGGAAAAGAGUCGACAGAGUCUUUCGUGGCUAUAUCUAAAGUCAUCUCUUCAGCAUUAGAGAAGUCCCAGGUUCCCAACAAUGCCAUCCAGCUAGUCACUACUAGAGAUGUUAUUCCCCAGCUUCUGGAUCUUGACCAAUACAUCGACCUUGUCAUUCCACGAGGCUCGAAUGAAUUAGUUCGCUACAUCAAAUCCAACACCAAGAUCCCCGUGCUCGGCCAUGCCGAUGGUCUAUGCUCCAUAUUCCUCGAGCAAUCCGCGGACCCCAAGAUGGCCGCUGAAGUCAUCGUCGACUCUAAGACGAGCUACCCGGCUGCCUGCAACAGCCUGGAAACUCUUCUCGUCCAGCAGUCUGCGAUUGAAACUCACCUUCCCUCCGUGGCCGACGCCUUGAUAGCAAAGGGGGUAGUACUCCGCUGCGACAAAGCAACAAAAGAACUUCUCGCUAGCAAGUUGUCGCCCGAGUCUUCUUCCAAAUUGGAAGAUGCGACGGCCGCGGACUUUGACACAGAAUUCCUCAGCCUGACGUUAGCAGUGAAGGCCGUCACAGGCCUAGACGAGGCAAUAGCACACAUCAACACUCACGGCUCCAAGCACACAGAUGUGAUCCUGACAUCGUCUUCAGAGCUCGCGGAGAAAUUUAUGUCAAGCGUAGAUGCAGCCGGUGUCUACUGGAACGCAUCGACGCGAUUCGCCGAUGGCAUGCGGUAUGGUUUCGGCACCGAGGUCGGCAUCAGUACCAACAAGAUCCACUCUAGGGGCCCCGUCGGCUUAGAGGGUUUGAUGAUUUAUAAGUACAAGAUACGCGGCCAGGGUCACAUCACCGCUGUAUACGGAGAGGGUGAGGGGAAGAAGAGCUUCAAGCACGAGAAGCUCCCGCUAUAGACCGCGACUCAAUGACAUACUCUCCGCAUUCAUUGAUCUAAAAUGCAUGCUAGAUGUUUAGAGAAAAGGAAAACUAAAAGAGACGUCACUGGAAUUAAGAGUUAGCAGUGUUGUAUAUAGCACGAUGAAGAACACAGCAAUAUGUCACAUUACAUAUCAAAUUCCCAUUCCUCGUCGAUUCCUUGCUUUUCGACCUGACGUUUUAAUUCGUCAUACUUGACCAGGCUUGGUGGUGAAAUUCAAUGACCAACUUUACCUGAAUAUAUCUUCAUUUAUGCCUUCCCAGGCCUGAAGAGUUAGAUCUACCAUAGACUUUCAACGCCAACCCUCUUAUACA